AUGUCAGGCACAAACCCCGAGAAGCCUCCCAUCCAGCCGGAGCAACAGCUCUACCCCCAUCCCACCGGCGACAACACCUACCAGCAGCAACAUCAACAACAGCAGCAACCGCCCCAGUACACCUCCGGCGCGACGCAAUACAAUCCCGACCAGAAGAGCGAGCUCCCCGGCGGACAUGGCGCCCAGACUCAGCAAUUCCCCCCUCCGCCCCCAGGCCCACCUCCUGCGAACCAGCCGCAGUUCACCCAUGCUCCUCAACCGCAACAGCAAUACAACCAGACACCGCAGCAGUCGCAACAGCACUACCAGGCUCCUCCCCAGGGCCAACAUGUCCCCGGCCAGCACACCGAGGGCGUCCUCCCCGGCGCGAAUCCCGGCGACUACGGCGCCGGCCGCCACUACUCCCAGUUCGACGGCCCUCAGGGCAACACAGCACCGGGUCACGUUCAAGGCGGUCCCUACGUAGACCCGGCCGCCGCCCAUGCCGCCUACAUCGCACCCACCGGAGCCGCGCUUGACCCCUCUGCCCAGCACAAGGAGAAGAAGGGAUGGGGCGAGCGCCUCUCCCAGAUCGGCAUGAAGGCCGCCGUCCCCAUCAACGCUCUGGCCAACAAGAUGGGCUCGCAGAGCUUCUUGCCCACCACCAUGGACAAGGAGUGCGAGAAGGCCGCCAAGAUCGUGAGGAGCUUCUGCAAGGAGGGCAUCACGUCCGACGUACCCGCUCAGACGCAGGCUUCGGAGCACCUUGAGCCAGGCAAGCACGCCGACGGCCAUGGCUCGCGCCCUACGACGCCGGGCAAGGAAAAAGUCCGUAAAGAGCAGAAGGCCAUCGUCAAGAUCCCCUCAAAGGUCAUCAACAAGGCUGUCGGCUUGGCCGUCUUUACCACCGCCCGGGUCGGCUUUAACUUCUCCGGCGCCACCGGCUCCGGCGUCCUCAUCGCCCGUCUCCCCGACGGGUCCUGGAGCCCGCCAUCCGGCAUCCAAGUUCACGCCCUAGGCGCCGGCUUCAUGAUCGGCAUCGACAUCUACGACUGCGUUUGCGUCAUUAACAGCCGCGAAGCCCUCGCCGCCUUCAUGAGCACCCGCGUCUCCCUAGGUCCCGACGUUGCCGUUGUCGCCGGCCCCUACGGCGCCGGCGGCGUCUUGGACGUUGGUGCCUCGUUUGGUGGCAAGAACCCCGAGGACAAGAAGACGGCCGAGCAGGCAGACGCCGGUAGGCCGGUCGAUGACGGCAAGUUGAGGCCGGACGAGAAGAACAAGCGCAGAAGCAGCAGCUCCUCCAUCAAGCCUGUCUUCUCCUACGUCAAGUCCCGCGGCUUCUACGCGGGCAUCCAGGUUGACGGCACCGUCGUUACGGAGAGGAAAGACGCCAACGCUGCCUUUUACGGCCAGAAGGUCACGGUCGACCAGAUCGUCCGGGGCCAGGUGCCUCCUCAGGGUCCUGGUGGCUUGUGGCCCACGGGCGCGCAAGCCCUGUACGAGGCCCUCCGUGUCGCCGAGCAGCAGAAGCCCCUCCCCGAGGUCCACCUUCCUCAAGCAAUCCCCGGCCAGGUUCCUCCCCAAGGCUCUAUCCCUCAGCAGCAGCAACAGUACAGCGGUCAACAGGCCCAGUACGGCACCCAGCAGCCCCAGCAGUCCCAGUACGGCCAGCCCCAGUACGGCCAGCCUCAGUAUACAAACUCGGAUGGAGGUCCUCUUGGAUCGCACCCGCCCGGCCAGGGGCCCACUGCCUCCGGAGCGCUGAACCGCGAGGAACAGCUCCCAGGCUACGUCGACGAUGGUGUGGCGCGCCCCGGCGUUGGCGACCACAAGGGCCACUACCAGUAA